AUGGAUAUAAAAACAUUGUUAUUAAAAUCCUUGUCAUCAAAAAAACCAAUAAGAGCCAGUCGCCGUAUUAUAUAUAGAAAAUUGUGUUUUUAUUAUAAAAUAUGUGGUAAAAGGAAAAAUGUUGUCUAUCAAAAGUAUAAAACACCCAAUUGCAAGAUAAAAACUUGGGCGGAACAUAUAAAACAUUAUCGUACUAAUUUGAAAAGAUAUCGCAAAAAGAAAAAUAUAAUGGAAGAUAAUUUAGCAAUAUCGAAAGAUAUAAAUUUCGAAGAUAAAGCAACAACUACUAUAGAAAUUCCAAGACAUAUACAAGCAAUACAAACUGAAAUAGCGCUAAAGCCUUUAAUAACAAAAACCAAGUCAACACAAAGUGAAAUAGUGAAAUCCACCAAUACUGAUGACAAUACUAGAAACUCUAAUACCCAAACAGAUUUGUUUAUUGAUAUGAUAAAUUCAGAUAAAACUUCAGAACCUUUAUGUUGGAGGACGUCGACUAGAGAUUUUGAUGUUGUUAUUUAUAUGUUAAAUGAAAUUGGUGAAAUAGUAAUCAAUCAAAAUCAGUUAUUAAGUUCUAAUUCGGAAAUGAUAAAGGAAAUAGUGGAAAGAAACUCGAUGACAGAUUCUAAAACGUUAAAGAGCGAUAGUAGAUCAAUAACAACUCAAACUGAUGAGCCAGUUGAAUGUGUUAAAAGCGACAAUGCAAGUCAAACUGUAACGAAUGUGAUCAAGUCAAGAAAAUUGUUAUGUCUUAAGGGAAAAAUCAGCAGUAGUCAACAUAAAAAACCUAUUGAUAUGAAAAAAUCCUAAGAUUAUAU